AUGUCGGGCUACCCAGCAGGCGGUGGCCACGACUACGGUGAUGGUUACGGCCAUCCCCAGGGUCAAAACACUGAUUCGUACUACGAGGAUGAGCACAACCAACAGUAUUACGACAACAACGGUUACGAUGCGCAUGGCCAGCAGCCAGGUAACGCCAAUGACGGUUUCUACGAUGAAUCUGGCUACUACAACGCGGAUCCCCAGAACCCGUACCACCAAGAUGGUGGCUACUACGACAACAACGCAAACGAGCAGUACCAGGACGAAUACUACAAUGACGGCCACCCCGAGGGUCAUGCCGACGGUCAGUACUACGAUCAAGCUGGCUACCAGCAGGGCGCAGGGUACGGACCCAAUGGUCGUUCCGAGGACGACUCCGAGACCUUCAGCGACUUCACCAUGAGGUCCGACAUGGCCCGCGCUGCCGAUAUGGAUUACUACGGCCGCGGCGACGAGAGAUACAACAGCUACGCUGAGGGCCAGGCCCGAGGGUUCCGUCCGCCCUCCUCCCAAAUUUCGUACGGCGGCAACCGUUCGUCUGGCGCUUCGACUCCGAACUAUGGUAUGGACUACGGCAAUGUUCUACCUGCCGGUCAACGUUCGCGUGAACCCUACCCUGCCUGGACCAGCGAUGCCCAGAUUCCGCUUUCGAAGGAAGAGGUCGAGGACAUUUUUGUUGACCUCGUGGCCAAGUUUGGAUUCCAGCGUGACAGCAUGCGCAACAUGUACGACCAUCUGAUGAUCUUGCUCGACUCGCGAGCCUCGCGAAUGACCCCGAACCAAGCCCUACUCUCGCUGCACGCUGACUACAUCGGUGGAGACAAUGCCAACUAUCGCAAGUGGUACUUCGCUGCCCAUCUCGACCUGGACGAUGCUGUUGGGUUUGCCAACAUGAAAGGCAAGGGCCGCCGCAAGGCCAAGAAGAAGGCCAAGAAGGAUAAGAACGCCGAUGAGAACGAAGUUCUGGAGGAUCUCGAGGGCGACGACAGUCUCGAGGCGGCCGAGUACCGAUGGAAGACGCGCAUGAACCGCAUGUCCCAACACGACCGGGUCCGCCAGAUCGCCCUGUUUCUGCUCUGUUGGGGCGAGGCGAAUCAGGUCCGUUUCCUGCCUGAGUGCUUGUGCUUCAUCUUCAAGUGUGCCGACGAUUACCUCAACUCGCCUGCAUGCCAGAGCAGAGUUGAGCCUGUUGAGGAGGGCAACUUCCUGAAUACCGUCAUCACCCCCAUCUACCAGUAUUGUCGCGACCAGGGAUACGAGAUUUCCGAAGGCGUCUACGUCCGACGCGAAAGGGACCACAACCAGAUCAUCGGCUACGAUGAUUGCAACCAGCUUUUCUGGUACCCGGAGGGUAUUGAGCGUAUCGUCUUGGAAGAUAAGAGCAAGCUAGUCGACGUCCCACCCGCGGAGCGCUACCUCAAGCUGAAGGAGGUCAACUGGAAGAAAUGUUUCUUCAAGACCUACAAGGAGACACGGUCGUGGUUCCAUAUGAUUGUUAACUUCAAUCGUAUUUGGGUAAUUCACUUGACUAUGUUCUGGUUCUACACGUCUCACAACGUUCCUUCCCUCUUGCUUGGGUCGAAGUACGAGCAGGAAGUCGACAAUCAGCCUCCAGCCUCUGCCCAAUGGGCCAUUGCUGGUUUCGGAGGAGGUAUCGCAUCUCUGAUCCAAAUCAUCGCGACUCUGUCAGAAUGGGCGUACGUACCCCGUCGAUGGGCAGGAGCUCAGCAUCUCACUAAGCGUCUGAUCUUCCUCCUGGUCAUCUUCAUCAUCAACGUGGGACCGGGCGUUUACGUCUUCCUCUUUCCUGAACAGCAGGAAUCCAAGAUCUCGUUGAUUCUGGGUAUUGUCCAAUUUUUCAUCGCCUUGGUUACCUUCCUGUUCUUCUCCAUCAUGCCCUUGGGUGGCCUCUUCGGCAGCUAUCUUACCAAGAAGAAUUCUCGCCGCUACGUGGCCAGUCAAACCUUCACGGCUAGUUGGCCUCGCCUUCACGGAAAUGACAUGGCCAUGUCAUUUGGCUUGUGGGCUGUUGUCUUUGGUGCCAAGUUUGGAGAGUCUUACGUGUACCUGACACUGUCAUUCCGAGAUCCUAUCAGGUAUCUCUCCAUCAUGGAUGUCUCUUCAUGUCUCGGUGAUGCUAUGUUCGGUAACAUCCUUUGCAAGUAUCACCCGACGAUCCUGCUCAUUCUGAUGACGUUCACCGAUUUGAUCUUCUUCUUCCUCGACACUUAUCUGUGGUACGUUGUGCUCAACACGAUCUGCUCCGUGGCUAGAUCUUUCUACCUCGGUUCCUCGAUCUGGACGCCAUGGAGAAACAUCUUCUCUCGUCUGCCCAAGCGAAUCUACUCCAAGGUCCUGGCUACUACGGACAUGGAGAUCAAGUACAAGCCGAAGGUUUUGAUCUCGCAAAUCUGGAACGCUAUUGUCAUCUCCAUGUACCGCGAGCAUCUGUUGGCCAUCGACCACGUCCAGAAGCUCUUGUACCACCAGGUUCCUUCCGAGCAGGAGGGCAAGCGAACUCUGCGCGCUCCGACCUUCUUUGUCUCCCAGGAGGAUCACUCAUUCAAGACGGAAUUUUUCCCCACUCACAGCGAGGCCGAGCGUCGCAUUUCCUUCUUCGCCCAGUCGCUGUCUACACCCAUUCCUGAGCCUCUGCCGGUUGACAACAUGCCUACUUUCACCGUCAUGAUCCCCCACUACAGCGAGAAGAUCCUGCUGUCUCUUCGAGAAAUUAUUCGCGAGGACGAGCCCUACUCCCGUGUUACUAUGCUCGAGUAUCUCAAGCAGCUUCAUCCUCACGAGUGGGAUUGCUUCGUCAAAGACACCAAGAUUCUGGCCGACGAGACUUCUCAAUUCAACGGGGAAGAUGAGAAGAACGAGAAGGACACCGCCAAGAGCAAGAUCGACGAUCUGCCUUUUUACUGUAUCGGUUUCAAGUCUUCGGCCCCUGAAUACACCUUGAGAACCCGUAUCUGGGCUUCUCUGCGCUCCCAGACCCUGUACCGCACUAUUUCUGGAUUCAUGAACUACAGCCGCGCCAUCAAGCUGCUCUACCGCGUCGAGAACCCCGAGGUUGUCCAGAUGUUUGGUGGAAACUCGGACAAACUUGAGCGCGAACUUGAGAGGAUGGCCCGUCGCAAGUUCAAGCUCUGUGUGUCUAUGCAGCGAUUUGCCAAGUUCAAGAAGGAGGAAAUGGAGAACGCCGAAUUCCUCCUGAGAGCUUACCCUGACUUGCAGAUUGCGUACUUGGACGAGGAGCCUCCUGUGACCGAAGGCGAGGAGCCCCGUUUGUACUCUGCUUUGAUCGAUGGCCACUGUGAGCUCAUGGAAAAUGGCAUGCGCCGCCCCAAGUUCCGCAUUCAACUGUCUGGAAAUCCCGUUCUCGGAGACGGCAAGUCGGACAACCAGAAUCACGCCAUCAUCUUCUACCGGGGAGAGUACAUCCAGCUCAUCGACGCCAACCAGGACAACUACCUUGAGGAAUGCUUGAAGAUCCGCUCUGUUCUCGCCGAGUUCGAGGAGAUGAAGACCGACAAUGUCUCACCGUACACUCCUGGGGUCAAGAGCAACACACCUGCGCCUGUCGCCAUUCUCGGUGCCCGUGAAUACAUUUUCUCCGAGAACAUUGGUAUGCUCGGUGACGUUGCUGCCGGCAAGGAACAGACAUUUGGUACUCUGUUUGCCAGAACUCUAGCCCAGAUCGGAGGCAAGCUGCAUUAUGGUCAUCCUGAUUUCCUCAACGGUAUCUUCAUGUGUACUCGUGGAGGUGUUUCCAAGGCGCAGAAGGGUCUUCACUUAAACGAAGAUAUUUACGCCGGUAUGAACGCUCUCCUCCGUGGUGGACGUAUCAAGCAUUGCGAGUACUACCAGUGCGGAAAGGGUCGUGAUUUGGGUUUCGGUUCCGUUCUCAACUUCACCACCAAGAUCGGAACUGGUAUGGGUGAGCAGAUGCUGUCUCGCGAAUACUACUAUCUUGGAACCCAAUUGCCCCUCGAUCGCUUCCUGUCCUUCUACUACGCCCAUCCUGGUUUCCACAUCAACAACAUGUUUAUUAUGCUGUCGAUUCAGCUCUUCAUGGUUGUCAUGAUCAACUUGGGUGUUCUGCGCAACCAGACUAUCGCCUGCGACUAUAACCGAAACGUGCCCAUCACCGAUCCUCUGGUCCCUACCGGGUGCCAGAACACCGAUGCUCUAAUGGACUGGGUGUACCGCAGCGUUCUGUCCAUUUUCUUCGUUACAUUCAUCUCCUUCGUGCCCCUCGUCGUCCAGGAGCUCAUGGAGCGUGGAGUCCUUCGUUCAGCCACCCGUCUGGGCAAGCAGAUGUGCUCCUUCUCGCCCUUCUUCGAAGUAUUCAUGUGUCAGAUUUAUGCCAACUCGGUUGAACAGGAUCUCUCCUUCGGUGGUGCCCGCUACAUUGGUACCGGUCGAGGUUUCGCCACAGCCCGCAUUCCAUUCGGUGUCUUGUACUCUCGUUUCGCCGGCCCCUCCAUCUACUUUGGCGCGCGAUGCUUCAUGAUGUUGAUAUUCGCCACUCUAACCAUUUGGCAAGCCGCGCUGGCGUAUUUCUACAUCACUCUGCUUGCGCUGAUCAUCUCGCCAUUCUUGUUCAACCCCCACCAGUUCGCAUGGAACGACUUUUUCAUCGAUUACCGCGACUUCCUCCGUUGGUUGUCGCGCGGCAACUCCCGUUCCCAUUCGUCCUCGUGGAUCUCCUUCUGUCGUCUCUCUCGUACCCGUAUCACUGGCUACAAGAGGAAGGCUCUCGGAGACCCGUCCAGCAAAAUGUCGGCCGACGUUCCCCGAGCUGCGAUCACCAACUUGUUCUUCGCUGAGAUGAUAUCACCACUCAUUUUCGUCGCCGUUACCGUCAUCCCUUACCUGUUCAUCAACGCUCAGACGGGUGUGAAGGAUAACGACGAUGAUGCGGUUGCAACAGGCUCAUUGAUCCGUCUCGGUAUCGUGGCACUUGCCCCCGUCGCUAUUAACGCUGGUGUGCUUGCUGCCAUGUUUAGUAUGGCAUGCUGCAUGGGCCCAGUUCUUAGCAUGUGCUGCAAGAAAUUUGGUAGUGUGCUGGCCGCGAUUGCCCAUGGUACUGCAGUGGUCAUGCUCCUCGUUUUCUUUGAGGUCAUGUUCUUCCUCGAGGGUUUCGAUUUCACCAAGACCAUGAUCGGUAUGAUUGCGGUUGUGGCAGUGCAAAGAUGGGUCUUCAAGAUCAUCAUCUCUCUGGCAUUGACACGUGAAUUCAAGACGGACCAGUCCAACAUCGCGUUCUGGACCGGCAAGUGGUACUCUAUGGGUUGGCACUCUGUCUCCCAGCCUGCGCGUGAAUUGCUCUGCAAGAUCACAGAGUUGAGCAUGUUCGCGGCUGAUUUUGUCCUCGGUCACAUCAUCUUGUUCAUGAUGCUGCCCAUCAUCCUUAUACCACAAGUCGACAAACUGCAUUCGAUGAUGCUCUUCUGGCUUCGUCCCAGUCGCCAAAUCCGCCCGCCUAUCUACUCUAUGAAGCAAUCCAAGCUGCGAAGAAGAAGAGUCUUCCGCUACGCGGUGCUCUACUUUGUAAUGCUCGUCGUCUUCGUCGGCCUGAUCGUGGGCCCGAUUGUUGCUGGUAGCAAGGUCCCGAGCAGCCUGACAAGUUCGAUCCCGAUGAAUUUGCUCCAACCGACCGGACAGGACAACGACAACACUCGGAACGACACGUCGACGGGUACCGGUGCUGCAGAUUACUCGGGCGUUGGCACUAAGGCCACUGCGACGGCGACAACAGACUCGAAGUUCCGAUUUGUGUAA